UCGUCGUUCUCUCUCCAUAUAAUCGAAUUGAGCCACACCUUCAACAGGUUACUGGACGGUAAUCGCUAGGGGCGGACGGACGGUGGGUCUCAGAAAUAAUAAAUACCACAAACAACUAAAAUUGUUGAGAGUCCAAUCCGCUUCAACUUCACCCACUUCUAACUUUCCUUCACCCAAUUCUGACUCCAGUUUCUCAUCCUGUGAGACCGUGUCGUGUCGUUCACUUCCUCAUCUCCAUCCGGCAUCCGCAGGAACUUGCGACUCUAACACCGCAGCCUGCUUCCAACGGUGACCAUGAUGGAGUAUGGCAUUUAGUUUGUAAUCCGUUUUUGUGAUGUACCAGGGAUAAUAUGAAUAGUGAACUACAAGAGAAAGUAGGAAGAUUUGAGGAAUUUAUUGAUCAGCGCUUGAAACCCGACCUUGUUCAUGCUAUUGCUGAACGAGACAAGGUGUUUGAACAACAAAAGAUUUUCUCCGAUCUGAGAAGGAACAUCGAGAAUCUGGAAAAGAAUUGUGUGACCAGUCUGAGGACAAUGGUCAACCUUGGUUCUGAAGUCUACAUGCAAGCUGAUGUACCAGAUACAAGGCAUAUAUUUGUGGAUGUCGGACUUGGAUUUCAUGUGGAGUUUACCUGGCCAGAAGCUCUAAAUUUCAUAUCUGAAAGAGAAGAAAAAUUAGCCAGGCAAAUAGAGGAGUAUACUCAAUUAAUUGCAUCUAUUAAAGCGCAGAUCAAGAUGGUUCACGAAGGAAUACGAGAACUACUUGAGCUACCAGUGCAAUAACUAUAUCGUUGGGUUAUUUGACAGCACCCUUGAUGCUUGCUGGAAUUUCUGACUCUCGGACCGAGAACUAGAAUGUCCGAGAACUUGUAUGUAACAAUGCAGUUUUCUCCGAUUAAUUAUGGAUACUUCCAGAUAUAACAUGUAUGCUGCGUGAUUGAUCAAUUAUGUAGAGAGAAAUCUACGUUCUUCAUGUUCUGUGUCAUUACUAAAAAGACGCUGACUACAUGUGCAAGUGGAGAACAAGAAUGAGUCUUGUUGGAGGAACAAAACCUAGGAAUAAGUUUUGAUGGGUUUCGGAAAUUAAACUUUCCAAACAUUAAAUGGCAUGUUUGGUAGGAAGGAUUUUGAAAAUUUUAUUUUUUAUAUCUUGUACUGUAUAUCAAAUGUGUACUAAUUGCUAACGUUUCAUA